CCUCAAAUGUUUUCAAAGAAAGUAAUGUUUAUCUUCAAAGAAAGUAAGAAAAUAAAAAGAAUAUGUAAAUGAAUGCUUAUGCCAACCAUCUCAUCCCCACAUCCUAAUUCCUUUCUUACCACGCAUGGCCAAACCCUAGAUCUGCCCCUUCAAAGUUUUAUUGCAGUUAAUUUUCCUUGAAAAACGACAACACAGUAAAGGAGAUGAGUGGCAGCACGACAGUGGCGGUAGCGGGCGGCGGUGGCGGUGGCGGUGGAAUAUCUGGAUAUCGUCCGCCGUUCACGCCGGUGCAGUGGCAGGAGCUGGAACAUCAAGCUCUGAUAUACAAAUACUUAGUCGCAGGAGUUCCUGUACCUUAUGAUCUCGUUGUUCCAAUUAGAAGAAGCCUCGAAGCUUUAUCUGCUAGGUUCUUCACUAAUCCUACUUCAUUGAGCUACUGUUCAUACUACGGGAAGAAAUUUGAUCCAGAGCCAGGGAGAUGUAGGAGAACAGAUGGGAAGAAAUGGAGAUGCUCAAAAGACGCGUAUCCAGACUCCAAAUACUGUGAACGCCAUAUGCAUCGUGGUAGAAACCGUUCAAGAAAGCCUGUGGAAUCUCAAUCUCAAUCUCUAUCUCAAUCUGCUUCUCAGUCAUUGUCAACAACUGCAGUUUCAAAUGUUAGUACUGUGAGCAAUGGUGGUGGUAGAAGCUACCAGAAUCUUGGAAAUGGAAGUUUCCAGAAUUCAUCCUUGUAUCCUACUUCUAGUUCUUGUAGUUUUGAUUUUGGAAGCAAUGUGUCAAAGUUACAGGUUCAUGGUAGUGCAUAUGGAAAUGGAAUCAACAACAACAAUUAUAGGUAUGAUCAAUCACUAACGGUUGAUGUGGAUGAUCAAAAUUACACUUCCAAUACAUGGCGUCUACUCCCAAACCAAAUUCCCACAUCUUCUUUAAUGGAAUCAAGAAAUGAAUCUUACUUACAAACCAAAUCCAUGGUUAAUUUUGACUCUGUGGUUGACCCUAUAUCAAUGUCAAAGCCAAGUCAACAACAACAACAUUGCUUAUUUGGAAGCAAAAUCGGGUCCCCAAUUGAAGUGAAAAAUGAGCAACAAUCAAUGCGCCCGUUUUUCGAUGAGUGGCCCGAAGCUAGGGAACCGUGGUCCACCACCCAGUUGUCCAUGUCAACUACUAAUGAUUACAAUGCACGAAGUGAUUGUACCUCUAAUGAUGGGUAAGAAUGGAGGUGAUUAUGAAGUGGGGUUGUGGUAAAAGAUGAAGUUUGUGUUUGAUGUGUGUAUUUGAUCUUUGAAUUACUUUGGAAUGUUGUUCAACAUGUGUUUUUUAAGAACUUUUUUUUUGGAAUAAAUGUUGGUCUAUUUUAAAUUGUAUAUUUACUUGGGUGAAGUGAAUUUUUAUAAAUGAUGUACAAACAGCGU